CAUUUCGAAUAUGAUAUACAUUUGGAAGGACCCACAACUCUCUGCUCUUCGGUUUAACUGUGUACAGACGCCUCAAGACGCAAAAGGCAUCUCCUUUCCUGUAGCCCCACUGAGCUGGCACCCAGCCCGGGCGAGCUCUGCUGCUCUCUCUCCUGGCCUGCAGCCGCUACGUGCUUCGCGAUGCGGCCUCCACGCCCCCGUCGCCCAGGGUUCGCGUUACGAAGCUCCGACCAGCUGCUGGCCGAGUCCGGGAGCACUCCCCGGCGCACCACAGAGGUCACGUUCCCCGGGCGAGGGCUCGCGCCCUAGCCGGGCGCUGGUUGGUCGCGCCGCGGGGCCAGCAGCCCGGUGAUUGGUCCGAGAGACUGGUUCACGUGGUCCGGGGCAGAUAACCGGCCUCUCCCGCACGGCACCAGCAAUCGGCUGGAGCUCCAGCCGAACCAGGCCGGCGGGAAUCCCGGUGCGAACUCGCGCAAACAACCGAGAGCCGGCUCUCAACGGUCCGCCGCCGCCUCUCUGCCUAAUGAGCUGCACCAGAAUGAUCCAGGUUUUAGAUCCGAGGCCUUUGACAAGUUCAGUCAUGCCAGUGGAUGUGGCCAUGAGGCUCUGCUUGGCUCAUUCGCCACCUCUGAAGAGUUUCCUGGGCCCUUAUGAUGACCUCCAACGAAGAAAUUUUGUGAACAAAUUAAAGCCUCUGAAACCGUGUCUCAAUAGAAAACAGGAAGCCAAAUCACCGAAUGAGUGGAAGCAUUCACACGACCAAGCCAAGAAGCGGGUUGUGUUUGCUGACUCCAAGGGGCUGUCUCUCACCGCCAUCCACGUCUUCUCGGACCUCCCAGAAGAACCAGUGUGGGAUCUCCAGUUUGACCUCUUGGACCUUAAUGAUAUCUCCUCUGGCUUAAAACUCCAUGAGGAGAAAAACUUGAUUUUAGAUUUUCCCCAGCCUUCAACUGAUUACUUAAGUUUUCGGAACCACUUUCAGAAGAAUUUUGUCUGUCUGGAGAACUGCUCUUUGCAAGAGCGAACAUUGACUGGAACUGUGAAAGUGAAAAACAUGAGCUUUGAGAAGAAGGUUCAGAUUCGUAUCACUUUUGAUACCUGGAAAAGCUACACUGAUGUGGACUGUGUCUAUAUGAAAAAUGUGUAUGGUGGCUCAGAUAGUGACACCUUCUCAUUUGCCAUUGACUUACCCUCUGUCAUUCCAACAGAGGAGAAAAUUGAGUUUUGCAUUUCUUACCAUGCUAAUGGGCAGGUCUUCUGGGACAACAACGAGGGUCAGAAUUACAGAAUUGUCCAUGUGCAAUGGAAACCUGAUGGAGUGCAGACACAGACAGCAUCUCAGGACUGUGCAUUCCACCAGGUGCCCCCCAAGACUGAGUCAGAGUCAUCCAUCUUUGGCAGUCCAAGGCUGGCCAGUGGGCUUUUCCCAGAAUGGCAGAGUUGGGGGAGAAUGGAGAACUUGGCCUCUUAUCGAUGAUUAAGUAACCUAGGGACUGGUUUUGAUCUGCCAUAUUUCCAAUGUAAUUCUAGGUCUGUAUUGCUCAAUAUUAGGAAGUUUUUGCUACUUUCCUUCAUUAAGUGUAGUUUUGAGCUUUUGAGACCUGGCUACAAAAAGAUAGCCACUUGAGAAUUUAUUGUUGAGGUCUAUACGAUGAUACUGCCCAAUUUUGCUUUGGAGGAUCAAGUAACAGCCUGGAACCCUCUUUUUGUAAAAAAAAAUAAUAAUAAUAAUACUGUUUCAAGGCCCUUUCUCCUUCCCUCUCAAUUCACUAGCUUUCACGUUGGGCAAGGAAAGGUUGAGAAAGGACAGUUGAUGGUGAUGGCAAGCUGUUUUAAUGGUAUGAGGAAUGUCUGAAAAGUGCACACAAAGGGCUCCGCAGCUCAAGUUAGAGUAGGAGCAGUCUGAUACUUCGCUGUUGGUGAGAAAAUGUAAGGUUACUUUGUGUUUUUAAGUUGGUUUUACAGUUCUCUCCUAAGGAAAUCAUUUGUGUGGGGGGGAGGGAAGAUUCCAUUUUAUAUAUUUUUGUGGAGAGAACCCAAACUUUAGAGGUGUUGGGUGGUAUUGGGGAAAGGUGAAUUAUAACUCUGGAGAAUCAAGAUUUUAAAUGAGGCCUUUCUUUUCAAACAUUUAUGAAAAAGCAUGAUUUGGGGAUAGUUUAAGCAAAUCUGGCUUUGCAGUCCUCCUAAGUGAUCUUGUUUGUGAUCAAGGCGUCAUGCUCAGGGACUCAGUACAAAGAUUGCUCUUUGCAAGUGCCUUGAUUAAGCCAGAAUAUCGUGUUGUUCCCAAAUAUCUGAAGGGUCAUAUGGUAACUCAUGAGUGUUUGACUUUAUAAGAAGGUCCACUCUGUAUACUGGCAUCCCUUUUGUAAUACUGUUGUAUCUUUGAGAGUGUUGCCAGUGUACACAACUUGCAUCCUUCAUAUUGAAGGUGACUUAUUUUUCUGCCAUACUUUUUUAGAUGUGAUGUUGGAAGUGAGGACUGACACGGAUUCUCAAUUCAAGAAUCCAGUACCUUGCACAUAGAGGCAGCAAUCUAUUUUGUGCCUGUAUUUGUCUUGUUUUAAGUCUUUCUACCAACUUCUUUGAAGUAAAAAUAUUUUUUUAAUAGAUGUGAAUUGUUUGGAUGUAUUGUAAUAUAAUAUUUUGGGUUGUGCAUAAAUCCACUCUAUAAGAUAUUAAGAACAGGAACCCUUGAAUGUUUGCUUCUAUCAUUGUGCACAUCCAUUGAGAAGUGUUCAGAGAAUGCAGUUAAUUCUAACAAGUGUGAUCUGCCAUGCUGGAAAAGUACUAUUGGAAUAACUAUGACAGUGUUUGAGCUUUAGCUAGCACCAACAAUUUUUCUACUCUAAAUAUUUCACUCUCCUAUAGCUAUCCUUUGUGAACUUCUCACUUUAAGAAUAAAAGUGUUUGAUACAA